UUUAUUUGUAUUCAAAGUGUUUACCGUCUAACUUCAACAUUAAAUUCCUUACAAAUUACAAUGCUUCUAACACUCCGAAAAUUUCUAAAUAUUUUCUUUUCAAUUUUAUUAUUUAAACAUAAUUUUGAUUGGCAACAUUAUUUAUCGUCAUUGUUAGUUUUAAUUGGAACUUUUACUUUUUAUGAAGGGCAUAAGAAGGUUAUUGAAUGGAUGAGACUUGGAAGAGGAGAGGAAAGUGAGGAGGAAGAAAGGAAGGAGAAGAAAAUAUAA